UUUUAAAUAUAAAUUUGUUAAAAUAAAUUUUAAAAUAAAAUUAGUAUUUGUAUGGAUAAGUUAUUAUUAUCGAUAAAGAAGAAACGUGACGAUCUUCAGCAGCUGAAAGGUGAUAAAAAAUGGAUAAAGAGAGCGGAUGAAGUUGAAAAGAGGAAAUUAGAAGCCCAGGAACAACUCGAGAAACAAAACCAACUCAAAAAAAAAUUAAUCAACGAUAAUUUCAAAAAGAUUGAGGAAUUUUAUGAAACCAACACAAAUCUCGAUUCAACCCAUGAUCCAACUCAAGAUGUGUCUGUGGAGGAGGUGGUGAAGAGGCUUAGAAAGUUACGUCAGCCGAUUGUAUUCUUUGGCGAAUCGCAUAAGGAAAGGUGUCGGAGAUUAUUUUCUCAGGAAACUGACAUAGAUGAUUUAGAAGCUAAUCAGAAUAUCUACGUCGACGCUAUCAUGGGACGGAACAAUUACCUCAUCUCCAAAUACACACACAAAAACCAAUCGCAACUGGACUUCUUUGACGAUUUCUCUGGAUUACAACAAGAUUCUAAACACUACAAAGUAUUUGAGUGGGUUUCGCGUAUGUUGCGUGAGUGGGAGAGUCGGAUAGUGGAGUCAAAGGGUGAUCUAAUAAAAGAGGGGAAGGAAUUUGAGGCUAAAAAAAACGAAGCGAUGCUAGUGCAGACGAAAAAAGAUAUUAAACCGCUGCUUAAACUAAUCAAAUCCAACAAACUAGACCAAGAAAUCCUAGACAAAAUGGAACAAAUCGUCAAUCACUGCAACAACGGACAAUUCAAAAAAGCACACGACAUCUACAUGCUCCUAGCCAUCGGAAAUGCGGCGUGGCCGAUGGGAGUGACGAUGGUUGGAAUUCACGAGCGUGCUGGUAGGUCAAAGAUCUUCACGUCGGAAGUGGCGCAUAUCCUAAACGAUGAGACCACCAGGAAAUACAUUCAAAUGUUCAAGAGACUCAUCUCAUUCUCACAGUCCAAAUACGCCAAAGACCCCUCACAAAUCAUACAAAUCUCAACCAACCACAUUUAACCAUUUUUUACUUAGUUUAUUCAUAUAUUGUGUUAAUUAUGUUAAUUGUGUAAUAAUGUGUUAGAAGUGUUGACUAUAUGUGUGGUUGGAAGGUUAGGUGAAUAAUUUGGAGAAAUUUUUUAAAUGUAUAGUAAAUUGUUUAUUUU